UGCGCAGUCCAGAGGUUCUGAAGUGGCGCGCGAUCUUCUCCUCCCCUCCCCCAACAGUUAUUUCCAACUGUCUGAGUGGUAGGGGUAGUCAGUGGAGUGGACCAAUCAGGCUUCGAGUUCUGUCAGACGCUCUUUUUCUUUUUCUCUCUGUUCGGAUGUUGGGGAAGCGCGCACUGCAGUUAGAAAGGGAGUGAAAAGGCGGGAAAAUCGUAACUUGAGUCUCCAAAAAAACAGGGAGGGGUUGAGAAAGAAGUGCCUUUCAAGAUCCAGCUUUGUGCAAGUAACAAAAAGACAACUGCAGGAUGAGGAAACUGAUUUCAGUCUUAAAAGACUACUCAGACCAUGACAUAGUGCACUUUCUUAUAAGACCUGAGAUCAUUGCCAGAAUACUAGCAGCGGUUUUCUCUCUCACUAUCUUUGCAUCCUUGGUGACUGAAGGGUAUCAAAACCUCGUAACAUCUUCCAAGCUACAUUGUGUUCUGAAUGAUAAUGGAGCGGCCUGCUGCUAUGGCAUCACAGUGGGUGUGCUUUCCUUCCUUCAAUGCCUCCUCUUUUUGGGCUUGGAUUUCUACGAUACUGCUAUUACUAGUCACAAGUUCAAAUAUGCUAUCCUUGUACUGGAUGUCACUUUCUCCAUCAUCUGGACAUGCCUAUGGUUUGUUGGGUUCUGUUUCCUAGCCAAUGAAUGGAACAAGUCAGCUCACUCCUACCUGCUGGGAACAAGUGCUGCCCGGGCUAGCAUUGCCUUUGCCCUUCUUUCUGUUCCAUGCUGGGGGUACCUGGGCUAUCUGGCUCUGAAGAAUCUGUGGGCUGAGCCACCUGUUCCUUACAAGCGGACACUGGAUGAAGGAUCUGUUGCCUUGACCACCCUUUCCUCAUCUACUACCACCUCCCUUCCUAACAAUAUGGGGUAUCCCGAGAAUGCAAAUGCAGCUUCUUAUCCAUCCACUCCUGUACCCCACCGUCUGACAUUAAUGAGUACUGAUGAUUAAGCAAUUAUUUAUUCCUCCUGUAAAUAAUGGGGGAGGAGAGAAAUGUAUUAACAAACCAAAAUACUUUAGGUUUGGUUCAACUGAAGCAAAAAAAUAUAUAUAUAAGGUAGUGGAGCAAGGACCAUAAUCCACAUGCUCACUACUAUGGAGCAGCCUUACAAAACCACUUGCUGCUCCCAUUGUUUUGCAGCUAUUCUGAAUACUCUACAGCUGGGAUUGCCCCACACUGCUAGUUCUGGUUAGGGAACUGCUCCUCUAUGGUAGUUGUAAGUACUUUGUCUCCCUUUCAUUCUUAGAAUGUCAGUGAUCUUACAGCCAAGGAAGAAAGAGACCGAAAGAUACAAUUGCCAUAGUAUUGUUUCUUCAACCAGACACAGUAGCAUUCCACUAUUUUGGAUACCCAUCUCUGUUUUAAGGCACCAGGAUAAUGUGUGAAGGUGUGAGAGGUCCCUGCCACUUUGUUGCUCACAUGUUCACAACAGGUACUUUCUCUUUUUAAGGGGCAAACUGCAAAACCCUUAGGAAGGAUUCCCAAUAUGGAUACAUUCCUUUUGGACUGGCUCAAAGAUGUAGGCUAUGCUUGUUUUAGCUAUGGAAAUCUGAUUUUGUAAGAUGUGUGGGAAAAUUUAGGGCAAACACAGAGAUACACCUCACAGUGGCCAGCUACCAUUGCCAUAAUCAAUCUUGUGAGCUACGUUGCUCAUAGAAAUGGCUAGUCGUUACUUUCAUUUUCACUCAAAGCAAGCGAGGUUUCUUCAUACAAUCCCACGGCUAAUACAUGUGGAGUAUACAUAAUUAGAUUUAUCUGCCAGUAACUAAUAAGCAAUAUUUAAAUUGCCCUCCUUUCUGUAGAACUGUGGUUACGCAUGAUGACCAAAAGUUAUCACAUUACUUGUACAUAAUUUAAUCUUGUUCCUUUAUCUCUGAUUACACUUUUCGAAGUAA